AGCCCGGAACUCCUUGAACUGAACCCAGCUUAACCCUCUCCCUUUUCUGUUUUUUAUAAAAUAAAAAAAAGUAGAAGAAAACGGAAUACCUGUUCUAUUCCAUUUUGCUUCUCAGUUCACAAAACCUGUUCAUCCCCUAUUGGCCCUGUCAAUUUGCUGUGGCAUGCCUGCAGAAUGGUAAGGUUUGAGCUCACCGUCCAGAUAGGACGCUCUCGACAAUCUUCGCACAGAGCAUCUUCCUCUCAGUCCAGAUCAAGAUCAAGAUCACGCACCCGCCAUAGUCGCCCCCAUUCUCCCGAAGACAGAAUCCCUCUAGUUGAACGUGUUCCCCCUCCUGCUCGUGAUGAUGAUCCGGCCUCGAUAUCCCUGCCUCCUUCCCCGACAGACAAUACUCCCGAGAAAAAAUCUUUACCUUUAGGUCUCCGAUCCUCCCAUCAACACCUUUCCACGUCCAAUAAUGAGUCUUUAACGAAUGGCCCGCCACCAGCAGACGAGCCGCCGGGCCUGAAUCCGAGUCCGAAGCAGGAUGGGUCUAGGUCUUACACCGAUUUCUCCCCUCUCCGUCGAAAGUUCAUCUUGUCUGUUAUAACGAUUGCUGGAUUCUUCGGGCCAUUGGCGGGAGGCAUAUAUCUUCCUGCCUUGCCGGUGCUAGAAAAAGAGUUCAAUGUUAGCCCAACCGCCAUCAAUGUGACGGUUUCAGUGUUCAUGAUGACUUUUGCGUUCGGUCCGCUAUUCUGGUCCACUUUUGCAGAUUGGAAGGGUCGCCGUCCAUUGUACUUGAUAAGCCUUGCCAUUUACAUCUUGGCGAACGUGCUUCUUGCUGUAGUACCAGCAAACUACGGAGCACUGGUGUUUUUGAGGGUCGUGCAGGCGUUUGGCAGUGCUAGUGUUGUUAGCAUGGGGGCAGGGACAGUUGCUGACAUCACGGAGCCGAAGAAGCGAGCAUUCGCAAUGAGCAUUUUUCUCAUGGGCCCUCAAUGCGGUCCUGUCCUGGGUCCCGUGUUGGGUGGUGCAUUGGCAGAGGCGAACUGGAGAUGGAUUUUCGGGUUUCUUGCGAUUUCUAGCGGCAUACUUUGGCUUGUGAUUCUCUCUUCUCUCCCUGAGACUCUUCGCGCCCGCGUGGGCGGAGGCCGUAUCUACACAGAACGGCCCAUCUUCUUUUGGCCCCCUUCCAUGUCUUCACCUCUCGCGCCGAGCUGGGAAAGGGGUCCUCCACCGCCCAUCCCAACCCUCAAAGGGUAUUGGAACCUGUUCAUUUACCCUCCCAUCGGCAUCGUCAGCUUCAACACUGCUAUGCUUUACUCUACCUACUUCGCCAUUGCCGUACAACUUCCGACCGAGCUGAGUCAGCGAUACAAAUGGGGCCCAUCGGGAAUCGGCGCUGGCUUUCUGGCGGUAGGAAUUGCUAUGAUUGUGGGGAGUUUGCUUGGUGGUAGAGCCUCAGACUGGAGAAGGGCGAGGGCAGCAGAGCAACUGCCAGAGGACACCAAGAUUGAUCCAGAGUUUAGACUUGUGGACCAGAUCUGGGGCGUGUUGAUUUGUGUGUUGGGGACUCUGCUGUAUGGAUGGAUGGUGGAUGGUAGCAAACAUCCAGCAGCAGUUUUGUUUGCCACAUUUUUGACCGGAUUUGGGAUGAAUUGGGUCUUUGUCACCACUACAGCAUUCUUGACCGAAUGUGUUGCUCAACAGGCGGCAGGAGCGUUUGCGCUGGGAAACUUGCUGAGAAACCCCGGGGCUGCCAUUGUGUCGGUGAUAACACCAACACUGGUGGCCAAGAUGGGGAGUGGAUGGUGCUUUACGGGGCUGGCGGUCUUGGAUCUGCUCCUGGUUGGAACUGCGGUUAUUGUUCUCAGACUAAAAUGCCCUGGCUGGCGUGCGGAUAGGGCGGCCAAGAUGCAGCUGGCUGGCAAGAAAGCCGGAGGUCCGGCGGCUGUUCCUUAAGAACGGUCUUUGGCAAGUGGAAAAAUAUCGGGGCAUAAAAAGAUAACCCACACGCCUGUCGACGAUCUUUCACGGCCUUGCAAUUAUCUUUGAAGUCUCUCGAAAAACUUAAAAGCCUAAUGAUUAUCUUUCUUCCCCAAUCAAAACCUCUAUUUUACUGUCCCCAUAGCGUGGUUUGGGCAAGCGCAC